AUGAGGCUCUCACUACGUGUCGGUUUGGCCGCGGCGCUGAUCAUUUUCGCGCUUGUCCUAAUCAACCGUCAACUCCACAAGGUUGGCCAGGCCCCCCAGUCAUUCUGGAAUUUCGAUACCACAUCCUUCCGCGCUUCUUUGCGGCCACAACAACAAGCUGUUCAAGAUGGUGUCCAGAGGAAAUGGGGUAUUGGCACCAACAAGAAGCUGGAUUUGACCUACAAGACAACCCCGAUCGAGGUCCCCAAUGAGGGUGUUAUUGUCAUGGGCAAAUUGCGUGAGGAGAACACUGCCUGGGUAUCAGCAGAGGUCGCCGAAUGGCGCAAUUACGUUUACACCGUCGAUGAUACCAACGCUCCGGUACACACUCCCAAGAACAAAGGCCGUGAGGCCUUGCCAUACCUCCAAUAUAUCGUCGAUCAUUAUCAAGAUCUCCCUCCGAUCGUUCUCUUCCUGCACAGUCACCGCGACGGCUGGCCCGGCGCCUGGCACACCGAUACCAUGGAUUACAACAAUGUGGACUCGAUCCGGGCCCUUCAGCGCGACUUUGUCCAGCAGGAAGGUUUCGUCAAUCUCCGCUGUGUAUUGUCCCCCGGUUGCCCGGCCGAAAUGCAACCUUUCCGCAACCCCCCGAAGCCAGGCAACACUGGUGAAUCGCAUUAUGCGGAUGCCUGGAAGGAAUUGUUCGGCAACAGUAAAGUUCCCGAGACCAUCGCCGCCCCUUGUUGCUCGCAGUUUGCCGUCUCCAGGGAUCAAAUUUUGAUGCGCCCGCUAUCUGACUACAAACGCAUGUACGAUUGGGUGCUGAACAAUGACCUGCCGGACGAGGUGACUUCCAACAUUAUGGAGUACUCAUGGCAUAUUAUCUUCGGCAAAGACCCAGUAUUUUGCCCUGAUGUCUUCCAAUGCUACGCCGAUGUUUAUGGCGAGGAAGUCUACGGAUUUUAA